UGUUACGGAAAAAACCCUUCCCCCUGCUAUCCGCGGUCGGCGUUGGAGGUGUAGCCGUGCGCCUCGCCCAAGGGUUUUCCAAUUUUCUUAUCGAUAUCCUUCCUUCCCACCUCCCUCACCGGUAAAGAUUCAAUAUUUCUUGAUAAAAUUCCGCUUUUUUUUCGUUUAAUUUUAGUACCAGGGACCAAAAGCAUAUCAGAAUCGCAUCCGUAUUUAUUCGAGUAAGGUUACAAUUAGAUUAUUGAUAAAAUUCAUCUUUUUGUUUUUUUUUUAAUUAUGUUUUGAGAGCCGUGCAGGCAUAAGGAAUCAAAAGCGUACUAGACCGGCAUCCAAAUCUGGGCAGGAGUAGAAUUAGAUUGGUCAUAUGAGUUUUUUCUUUUUUCUUUUUUAAUACAGGGCUCAAAUUUUUUGUCGCAAUAUGUUUGAUUUUUUCUUUUUUUUUAUAAUUUCAGAAAUCUAAUAGGUUACUACUCGAACUAGGAAGGUCUGGGCCCAGCUGUCUAUAUAUUGAUGUCCUGCAUCAUCAAACUACUUCUCAUAGUUCUUCAACUCUGCCAUUGAUUAAGGGGGGAAAAGAUAGCAUCAUGGGUAUUGAGCUAAAACCUCAGAUCAAAAGAAGGAAGACGCGCGAAGAAGAUGAGCAAUAUGAUGGUACGACCGAAUUCAUCGCCUUUGAGAUACUCACCAGACUCCCCGUGAAGAGCCUGGUGAAGUGUAAAUCCGUGUGCAGAUCAUGGCGCUCUCUGAUCUCUGAUCCCGUCUUCAUCGCGGCGCACCUGAAGCGCUCGGGGGAAAAUCCCCAGCUCAUAAUCGCAGCUUUCUUUUCUAAACUCCCACGUCGAGGAAUCGACAUGUAUACUUACGAGGAGCGCAAGAAGAGAGCCAGGUUCUUGUUCGGGGAAGAAUUUGUUUCAUUCCAGGAGCAUAUGUUUCUUCCUCAGCACUGCAACGGUCUGGUGCUGCUCAACACCACGAGGCGGCUGGUUGUGUGCAACCCCAGUACUAAAGAGUUGGUAGCCUUACCUUCAGACAACCGUGGUGAUGUUGCUCGGAUGAGGGGAUUUAAAUAUACAACUUCUUUAGGCUACGUUGAAGGUAUAAACCUUUACAAGGUAGCCCGGUAUUUUUUCAGGGAUCGCAAUUAUCACUUAAAUACCUUGGACCUUGGCUUUGAAGUCCUUACUCUAGGAUUCGAUACUUCGUGGAGAAUCAUCGAGGACCCGCCCUAUCCGACUGGAAGCCGUGUUUGUCCCCGGUCUGUGGGCGAAGUUAUCUAUUUCAUCAUCGAUAACAGCCUCCAUCAUGGCCCUCCAAAAGCCUUCCUUUGCUUCAAUCUCAGAGUCGAAAAGUUUAGAGUGGUCGACCCCCCUUACCAGUGUCCCAUUGACUAUAACAAUAUGAGCAUCGUGAAUCUUGAAGGCAAUCCGUGCUUCGUUCAUCAGUCACAGGAUAGGAGGAAAUGUAAAAUGUGGAUUUCCAGGGACUUUAUCGAGCACGUGUGGAUUCCUACCUUUAGUUUCGAUCUGAUGCAGCCCCCGAGACUUCUGGUGCCUCUCGCGUUUCGUCAUGGAAAGCUUCUGCUCGAGAUCGAGACCCCCGAUGAAGUUCAUAGGUUGGAGUAUUAUGAUCCUCAGAGUGAAGUGUUUGAUCCUGUCGUUUGCAUAGCGGAGGAUUUGGCUUUCUACAAUAAGCAGAAAUGUGGGUAUCACUUCUUUCACGAGAACGCGCCCUUCGCAGUAGUGAAUUUUGUGGAAAGCUUGGUGCCAAUCCUUCCCAAAAGCUGAAGCCAGAGAUAGAGCUGAUUUAGAAGACGGAUAGCCUCAGUUCGGAAUCGUGUAGAAACCAGAUGAUUCUCAGUAGGAGCGCCUUGCAGGUGAAGUAGAAGAACAAGCUGAAGCGUAGUAGUUUUCUUCUGUAUUAGCUGAUGGACAUUAAAACUCUUUUACCAUACUUUUUUUUUUAGUUGAUGAUGGAUUUAGUAUUUUAACAUUAUUUUCUUU